UUGCCAGGCAACCUGGUGACCACAUUUAAAGCCCUAUCCUAGAGACUAUAUAAGGCUAAUAGAAUGUCUGAGCGCUUGUUUUACAGACCUGGGUACGGGUCUCUCAUAAACUCCGAUGGACAUGGGGAGGUGUGGAUGGAUAUUGACCCUAGCUCUAAGUUCAAGCAGUACGGCUGGAGAUGCACCACUAAUGAGGAUUCUUACUCCAACAAAACCCUCCUGGGCAACUGGAACCAGGAUCGGUAUGAUCUCUGUAAAUUAAAGGAAAGGAAACCCAUGCCCUCCCAGUUUGCCCAUUAUUAUCAAACCUCCCACUCUGUUGAGUACCCCAAGAAAGAUACCUCUAUCAACAGGCAAGUAUUCAAAAAAGAACCUCACAUAUUCCCAGGACAUCAGCCAGAACUGGACUCAACACAAGGCAAAAAUCUUAUCACGACCUGCUACAUGAUUGACUUUCGAGGUGCUACCCCACUACCCACAAUGCAUUAAGCAAGAAGAUGGUCUUGUUUGCAUAAUAUAAAAUUAAAGAGAAUUUUACUUACGUCA